AAAUCAUUCUAUUAUAUUGUCUUUGUUUGGCUUGCCAGCGCACCAUUUCUCCAUCUGUUCACACCGCAUCUCACCAAACCCCCGCACCAGUGCAAUCUGCAAUCCAGUCGAGCGCUCGAGCGGUGAAAAACGUUGAGCACACAUCCCGUCCGCCCCCCCGUCGAUCGUUUAUCGCGCACGGCUUGCUGGUUGGCUUUACCGGGCUUCCUAGACCUUUUCCACCCCUUCACGUCCUCCAGCCCACCAUAAACCCACUUGAAGCCCACACCAAUCCCAUCGCGGCUUAUCAAUUUUACAUCACCAGACCUCGCGCAUUUCAAGAAUUUGCGCUGUACAGCAGCGCGUAUAUACACACAGCUACCGAGCUCACCAUCGGCACACGACCACACGAUGAAGUACUUUCAGCAGACGAUUGACUUUGACUACUCGUGGGAGGAGGUCUCGACGAGCAACUGGCGGAAAUAUGGACCUUGGAACGAGAAGACGCCGCAUGUCAUCGCUGUCGACACCAUCAGUCGCUCAGUAGACCCAGCUACAGGAAUUCUGCGAACUGAACGCCUUAUCACUUGCCAACAGUCGACGCCAAAAUGGAUACAGUCCCUCCUCGGUGGCCAAGACACGUCCAUGGUUUAUGAAACCUCAUAUGUCGACCCUGUCGCGAAGAAGCUCACCCUCUGCUCCAUGAACAUGACCUGGUCCGACCUCCUCAAUGUACGCGAAACCUGCAUCUACCGGCCCGCCGCUUCAUCGCCCGACGCCAAAACCUCCUUUACCCAAAGAGCUGAGAUUACGGCGCUCUGCGGUGGCUGGCAGAAGAUCAAGAACAGCAUCGAGCAGUUUACCGUCGAGCGCUUCCAGCAAAACGCCGCAAAGGGCAAAGAGGGUUUCGAAAUGGUCCUCGAGAGGGCGCGCCAGGUCUUCCAAGAGCAGAGGGAGAUUCUCAAGCUCCAGCAAGCGCAGCAGGACAGCCAGAUUUUGAGACACGCAAAGAUUUGAAUGCGCGUCAAACAAUAGACUCCCUUGGUCAAUGCGCCGACUCGCAAGUGCUGCGAAUCGAUGCGCCACUGUUGACUCACCUCUCGACUCUCUAGUCACCCCCUACCACCAGCAUCCAACUGCAUCUGUCUAGUUGUAGAUUUGCCACUCUCAACUCACUUCACGUCUUUCCUUUAUCUACUGUAUUUCAGCGUUCAUGUUAUCUAGACGCAAGGGGGGGUUGAAUUAUUUUUUAAAAGGUCGAUUUAGACUAAAACGGCGUUUUGACACCAAAAGCAUUAGGAAGAGAGGCGAAGAUACCCUUUCCGUCAUGCUUUUGAAGAGAGCAUUAGACACCUUGAGCAGUUUUAUAAACGAUAGAUACGGUUCGAAUAUACAAUAGUAUCAGA